AUUGGUAUUGGUAAAAUUAAUGGUAAUUUAAUAUAUCCGCUGCAGUCUUUGGAGGUCUGAUGGUAUGACGCCUCUUGUGAUUCACUGCAACAACAAUCCGACGCUACACUAAUGAUUUCACAGCUCCUGGAAUACAUGCAGCACAUCAUCAUCUCUCCCACCGGCGAGCGAGCGCACAAUGAAUGAAGGAACGAGACAAGUGAUGCUGCACUGGGGAUAUUUCUGAAGGCUUUUGUCCUGGCUGUAUCCCCUUUACGAUAACGAUUUGGCGUUAAGAUGUUCCCAUCGUGCUAUUCUAAGCCCAAGAAUGGGUCUCAGUUUAAGAUGUCUUACACCAAAGUGAUUUUUGGUGUGUUGGUGGUGUACGUCCUCCAUACGUGCUGGGCCAUAUACGGCUUCAUUCACACCAAACCCUGUGAGAGCACCAUAGGUGACAACUGCGUGACGUCUUACCUCACUGUCAAGCCUCGACUGCAGCUCAGCAUCUAUUCUGCUCUGGACCUCAGUGAUGAGGCUGGACACAACCUUUUGUUCAGAGUGGACAGAUUUGACAUUAACUCAAAGUUUGAAAGGCAAGUGAGUGUCACACUUCCUAAGAUGACUCAUAAUAAUGGGACAGUCCAUGCUGUAGUGUUUGUACACAAGAGUGGAGUCUUACCUUGGAAAGACAGCAGACAUGUGCGGCUUGUGACCCGUCUCACCUCUCAGAUGAUCCCACUUCAGUCUGCUGGCACCACAACUAAAGACACCCCUGAGGCACUAGAGAAGAAGCAGAUUGUUUCAUACUGGAGAUCACAACUUACCUUGAACUUAAUGAAUGAGGACUUCACAUUCAGCAGUGCUGCAGUGCCAAGCGACCUGCACAGCUAUAUGAAAAUAGUUGAAGUUGGAAAAAAGGAAAAAAGGAAAUUGUAUCUGCCUCUUUUGCUGGUCGAUGAACUAAGAACACGAAUGAAGGACUUAAUAGAGAUAAACAGCACCACAAAAGCUGUCCCGCUGACAAUAUCAUUUGAUACCAUUACCUUACGCAAAUUUAGAAUAUGGAUCCACAUACAAGGUGUCAUAUACUCACUCAAACAUUUUGGAUUUUCAGAGAAGAACCUUGAUGAAAUUAAAUCCAUGUUUGUUGAUAGUGGGCUGCAUGUCUUGGCUUUGUCUGUUCUCGUGCCUGCAUUCCAUCUUUCAUUUGAAGUCUUUGCCUUCAAGAAUGACAUAAAGUUCUGGCGAGAGAAGAAGAGUUUAGCAGGCAUUUCUAAGAGAUCAGUUCUUUGGAGAUGUUUUAGCACCAUUGUAAUAUUCCUCCAUCUACUAGAAGAGAAAUCUAGCUGGCUCAUUCUACUGCCCAGUGGGAUUGCAGCUCUGAUUGAGUUAUGGAAAGUCAAUAAGGUCAUAGCACUUUCACAUAAAUUUCAUGAUGAAAGAAUGGAUGAUUUUGAGCGAGCAACAGAAGAGUAUGAUUCUAAGGCCAUGAAGUUCUUGUCAUGUCUGAUUUAUCCAUUGUGUAUCAGUGGGGCUGUAUACUCAUACUUAUAUCUCCAAAAUAAAAGUUGGUACUCUUGGAUAACCAGUGGCCUUAUUAGUGGUGUUUAUGCUUUUGGAUUUCUGUCGAUGGUCCCUCAGCUGUUCAUCAAUUACAAGUUAAAAUCAGUGGCUCACCUACAGAUGUCCAUCUUAAUGUAUAAGGGCUUGAACACAUUCAUCAGUGAUGUGUUCAGUGGAAUAAUAACUACCCCUGGACCCCAUCAGCUGGCCUGCUUCAGAGAUGAUGUCGUCUUCCUCAUUUACCUCUAUCAGCGCAGGAUUUAUCCUAUAAGCAAAUCCAGGUCUCGCAAUCAUGGGGUAUCACUCAGGAGGAAACCCAAAGGAAAACCGCAUGAAGACUGAGCAUCUGCACAGCAGCCUUCUCUGAGAGCUUGCACUCUUCAUGCAUGCAAUACAGUAGAACCACUAGGCACAAUGAAAAAGGGAACUACAGUCGCCAACAGUCCUCUCCUGUGUAUUCUUGUAAUGAGCCUGCUGACUGCUGUAAAAAUUGACCAAGCUUCACUUAGGACUGCUACAGUAAUUCAUACUGGAACAACCCACAGCUGAAGAGAAAGGCAGAGCACAACUUUUUUGCACAGUUAAACUUGUGUGUAGUAUUGUGUGUAGGCCAGUGGUUCUCAACGGGUAGGUUGUGACACAAAAAUAAAUUGCAGGUCUGUUCUGAAAGAAUCGCGGACACCAGGGAAAAAGCAAUGCUAAAUGCAAAUGAUAAUAUGCAACUAUCAAUAUAAUUAUGCAUCAUUAGGAUAUCAAAACAAAUAGGCUUAUAAUUUUUUUUUUUUUAAAAGACGAAAAAACACUGCUUUUGUUGAUGAUGUCAAAGGCCAUGUGGCCAAUCAAACUCUAUGGUUUUGGGCACAAAUGCAUAUGUCACUUGGUAGAACCUAGCCAAUUAGGCAGAUGCCAACAUGGAACCACUUAAGAGAGAAAAUACAUUUAAGAGUCAUUCAGAAAACCAAAAUUUUCAAUUUUAAUAGUAAUACAUUUUGCAUGUUGGGCCUAUGCCGUUUAUGGUAAUAUAAAUACAUUUGAAUGUUUGAUGGCCUUUUUUUAACUUUUGAAUGGUAUGGGCCACUUGAUGUCCAAAGUAAAAUCUGGUUCCUGAGGCAAAAACACUUGAGAACCACUUCAACAGAUAACAAAAAGUAAAGUACAGCUACACUUACCUAUGCUUUUAUGACCUUUUAAAGAAUUACUGAAAUGGUAAUAACAGUAAUUACCUACUGACUCACUUUUUUAAUAGUUCAAACAUAAAUAAUUUGAUGGACUGGGGCCAUUCCCCAAAAAACUGUUUGUUGUGGUCAGCCCAACAAAAUUAGACUGAACCCACUAGUCCUUUGCACAGAAAUGUACCCUUUGCAGAUUUCAAUAUGUAUUUUAGGUUUGCCGCUUUGCAUUAGUCUUGAGCAGCAUCUUUAAAUGCGGAAGUUCCUAAUUUAUCAUAUGCCACUGCAGCGGAUGUGGGUUAACGUGUAUGAACUGUAUAAUGAAAUUAAUUUGGGUGCUGAGACAUUUAAAACUGAUUUCUUUACAUGUGCUGAUAUGGCAAGCUUCAGUAUGAUAUUUAUUGCUAAUGUUUUAAGAGUAUUAUUUUGUCAUGUGCAUUAUUUGGUCUUGUUUAUAUGAAAGAGGUAAUCUCAGAAUGCCACAUACCCCCAUACAAAUAUUUUAGCCUAUUUUUAAGAUUUAAAAGGGUCAUGACAUGAGGAAUCAAAUUUCCAUUGCUCUUUUGACAUAUAUGAGGUGAUUGUACUAUAAAAACAUUCUGUAAGUUUCAGAACUCAAAACUGCCUCCUUACUGCAAAAAAAAAGAAUUUGUUGAAACAAAGCUGCCAACAUGACUCGUUUUUUUCCAGACCAUUUAACAUUUUCUACUUUCUCCACAUUGUGAUGUCACACUGUGAUAGAUAUUUGCAUUUAACCACUUCCACAACAACACAUCAACGCCUCUUUACCUUAUUACUUCCGUAGCCCUGACCAGUAGUGGUGAGCAGUGAGAUGGCAAAGAGAGAGACGGUCAGUCAAGAGAAGAGAGCAAAUAAUAACAGUCAGCGUUUACUGUCUUGAAGGAGAAGCUGCACCAAAACGGAGCAUUUCUGACAAAGGGUCAUAUUAUAUAAUAUAUAAUAAUAUAAAAUAUAUUAUAAUAUAUUUUAUUAAUUUUAUAAUUGAACUUCAAGAAACAUAUAAUAAUAAUUAAAAAAAAAAGGCAUGUCA